AUGACCGCCACCAACGGCAACGGCUCCUCUACCCUCGACCCCUACACAAAGUCGUGCCAAGAUGUUUCGGGACCCGCCGCCAUCCCACGCGCCAAGUUUGUGUUGGACAGCCUGAUGAAGCACCUGCACACGUUUGCACGCGAGGUUCAGCUCACCAACGAAGAGUGGCUGGGAGCGUGCGACCUGCUGAUCCGUUCGGGCAAGAUGUCCGACGAACGACGCAACGAACUCAUCCUCAUCUCUGACGUUCUCGGAUUGGAGUCUCUCGUCGAUAGCAUGACAUACGAACGAGCUCAAUCCGCUUCUUCCUCCUCAGCCAAAACCGAAGGCGGAUUGGAAGCGACGCAGUCGGCCAUCUUGGGACCGUUCUACCGACUUGGUGCGCCCGAGUACCCCAACGGAAGCGACAUCGUUCUCGAUCACGACAUCAAGUCCUCCGAAGGCAAGCCGGGUCGAACCUGCUUCAUGCACGGUCGGGUCUCGGACGCUGCUACCGGUUCCCCCGUGGUAGGAGCCAAGAUCGACGUCUGGCACACCGGCCCCAACGGACUCUACGAACAGCAAGACCCGGACCAGCCCGACUUCAACUACCGUGGCAAAUUCACCACCGACUCCAACGGCUACUACUCGCUCCGAUGCCUCGUACCCACCGCCUACCCCAUCCCGUACGACGGCGGUGCAGGCGACAUCCUCAAGCUGCUCGAUCGAAGUCCGAUGCGUCCGGCUCACAUCCAUCUGUUGAUCGAGGCGAAGGGGUACAAACAGCUGAUCACGCAGAUCUUUGAUUCCCAAUGCAACUAUCUGGGUGCCGAUGCCGUGUUUGCGGACAAGAGCGCGCUCACCGUCGAGUUCAAGACGCCCGAGGGCGACGAGGCCAAGAAGAGCGGAAGUCAGACCGAGUUGACGUACGAUAUUCGUCUCGUUGCUGACAAUUAA